AUGGAGUCGCCACCAGCGACGUCUCCACAUGUCAGCGCGCAAGCCAGCAACGAAGACAUCGAGGCAUCUCCUGGCGUUACACAGAGCGGGGUUGACAGUUCUCUCCCCUUCCGCCCGGUUCUCCCUCCUAACCAUGAGGGCACGGAACCUCGUUCAACUUUGGACGAGAACAUGGAGGAAGCGAACAUACCAGCCCUGCUUCAAACAACUACGACAUCCAAGAAAACGAAACGGGAAAAGCAACGGGAGAAAAGAAGGCUGAAGAGAGCCUCAGAGCGUGCUGCAACGGGGGUUAGUACAGGCCAAAAAGAGCACCAGGACAACACCGAAAGUGCCAAGAAGAUACGCCACCGUCCAAGCCCAGCACAAAGGAGCGCCACGACGUUAAUGCAGAUGGAUCAAUGGUCUCGACUAUUUCUCAACCGGACCUCAUCACUCUCCUCUCUGACCCUGGACUGCGCAACGGCAGAAGCCAUGUCAAAGGCAACAGAGAAAACUUGGGGCGGAAAGGGCCGGAAGCGAACCUUUCAGUCGGCACAAGAACUGGAUCGCUUUGUGUCUGUCAAAGAAAGUGAGCUCCGCUACCUCAAGACUACCUUGCGCCGCGCGUCUGUGGUGCAACAAUUGCCGUCCAACAGUCUUGAGUCAAAGGCCCGCGAGGCAUUGAUCUCCUCUUUAGAACCUCUCUUUCAAGCCUGGGAAGCUAAUGGGGAGGAAAGUGAGAAGGAUGAAGUUCUUCAGGAGGCUGCUCGACUCUUCACUGACACCAUCAUUCCCUGUCUCGAGGCCCAAUUGGUCCAGCUACGACAGAGACUGAACUCGGCACGCAUUCUGGAGAAAAGACUGAACAGAGUGGAAGCCUGGGACCAACUGGGAAAAGAGAUAUAUGAGCUUCGGAGGAGCCUAGAUAAAUCAAAAGGCCUGUUAGACCUGCAAGAGGAAAGAGAUCAUAUCAUGAUCGAGUACAGGGAGUCUUUGGAGUGGGAGUAA